AUGAAUAGUCUUGGAGUUGUCUAUAGAGCAAAUGGUAAAGCAUGGAUGACAGCAAUGUUAAAACAAUUUGAUGAAAGAAUGAAUGGUAGAAGAGUGUUGUUGCUACUUGACAAUGCACCCUGUCAUAUAGUUAGAGGAAUGGAAUUGCAAAAUACACAGGUUAAGUUCUUACCACCUAAUUGCACAUCAAAGCUUCAACCUUGCGAUGCUGGAAUCAUUGCCUCUUUCAAAAAACAUUAUUGUCAUAAGUUUGUUCAUUAUCUUAAAAAGUUUGAGGACAAUCCACAUGAUACCUCUAGACUUAAUGUUUUAGAGGCUAUAAAAUUCAUUAAAUUUGCUUGGACAGAUGGUGUUACAGUCAAUACCAUUGUUAAUUGUUGGAGACAUACAGGUAUUAUUAAUUUUAGUAAUGAAGAAGAAAUAGAGCAAGAAAGUGAUAAUGAAUUAGUUGCUGACAUAGAGAGGGGUGUUGUGGCCUUAAAAGAGCCUUUAGAUGAUGCAUCAAUUAUUUGUUUAGUUCAGGAGGAAAACAAUGAUGAAAAUCAGAAUGAGGAAGAAGAUAGUGAUGAAGAAAGUGAGUUACCUGCUAUUCCUAUUAAGGAAAGAUUAGAAGCUUUAGAAAAAGUUAUGACUUGCUUGUUGCAGCAACAUAAAGACUGUCCAGAUGAGAUUAAAAAAUUAACUAGUGUAAAAAAUACAAUGAAAAAAUUUAUAAUGAUUCCUUGGAACAAAGUACUCUAG